CCUGGUUCUAACUAUACUUUACCAUGUCUGGACCGAAUAAGCGUUUAAUAUAUACUCAGACGGAGUUGCAGCGUUUUGUUGCGCGAUCCUGCUCAAUGGAACCCCUUAGCUUGAUCACGCUCGCUCUCUGAUCGUAAGGGAAUGCCCUUCGACGCUUCUCUGGCGCUUUGGACCACGCUUUGGUUCGGGGGCCGCAUUCGGGAGCAAAUCGGAGCAGAGCGGAGCUUUCAAGCGGAGCAAAGGCGCGCGAAGCGUUGCGGACAAGGCGUUCGGCAAGUCGCUGAAAGCAAAAGGGCAUGCACAGCUGUGCGGGCGGGCUACUUGCUUGCCAUGCGGGUCCUGCUUGCCGUGCCUUCGUGUCUACCCGUCGCUUUACAGUUCACAGCUUUGUGCAAUACCUUUCCACAUCUUCCAUCGUGCCACCCCCACCUCCCCAAGACCCUCAGGACUUUUGGCGCGGUACUUCCCCUGUCUGCCUAUCCAGGCCGCAGGGCCCGCGUGCCCUUGGGGAAAGGGCGUGUGUGCCGUUGGGAUCCGGCCUGUGCGCCGCAAGCAACGGGCUUUGCGCCCUUGCCUUAUGGACAAUGGACGGCAUACGUGCCCUUAUGAUACGGCCUGUGUGCCGCAAGCAAUGGGCUCCGCGCCCUUGCUUUAUGGACAAUGGACGGCAUACGUGCCCUUAUGAUACGGCCUGUGCGCCGCAAGCAAUGGGCUCCGCGCCCUUGCUUUAUGGACAAUGGACGGCAUACGUGCCCUUAUGAUACGGCCUGUGUGCCGCAAGCAACGGGCUCCGCGCCCUUGCUUUAUGGACAAUGGACGGCAUACGUGCCCUUAUGAUACGGCCUGUGCGCCGCAAGCAACGGGCUCCUCGCCCUUGCUUUAUGGACAAUGGACGGCAUACGUGCCCUUAUGAUACGGCCUGUGCGCCGCAAGCAAUGGGCUCCGUGCCCUUGCUUUAUGGACAAUGGACGGCAUACGUGCCCCUAUGAUACGGCCUGUGCGCCGCAAGCAAUGGGCUCCGCGCCCUUGCUUCAUGGACAAUUUACGGCGUACGUGCCCUCAUGAUACAGCCUGUGCGCCGCAGGCAACGGGCUCCGCGCCCUUGCUCCAUGGACACUUCACGGCGUACGUGCCCUCAUGAUACGGCCUGUGUGCCGCAGGCAACGGGCUCCGCGCCCUUGCUUCAUGGACAAUGCGCCGCGUACGUGUUCUUAUGAUACGGCCUGUGCGCCGCAAGCAACGGGCUCCGCACCCUUGUUUUAUGGACAAUUCACGGCAUACGUGCCCGUAUGAUGUGACCUGUGUGCCGCAAGUAACGGCUUCGCACCCUUGCUUUUGGGUAAUAGAUGGCAUACGUGCCCUUAUGAUACGACCUGUGUGCCGCAAGCAACGGGCUCCACACUCUUGCGUUGUGGAUUAUAGACGGCAUUGAAAUGCUUACGUGCCUUCGUUGUACAUGCCUUUGCGUUGUGGACAAUGUGUGGUCUGAGCGCCACGUUCGGAUACGGCGUGUGUGCCGCCAGCAACAGGCUUUGCGCCUCGCAUCAUGUGUCUUGCGAUAUGGCCCGUGUGCCGCAUGCAAUUAUGCUGCCUGCCCUGUCGUUAUGGACGCUUCGACUUGUUGCGUGCCCUGCUGCGUGCCCUGUCGCAAUACGCCUUGAGUGUACCGUGCACGGCAAGCCUGCGCCUCGCUAUUGCUUCGUGUUGACAACGGAGCGGGCUUACGUGAUCAUGCGUCACCCUGUACGUCUUGAGGUCCGCACGCACAUCAUACUAUCACGCGGCAUCACCCUUGUAGUUUGGCUGACGCACCCCAAGCCAACCUAUAUGCAUUCGAUGUGUGCGCUAGGCCCAAGUGCCGAAUUUGUUUUUCCGGAUAUUUCGCCCUCAGUGAGCGAUGUGGAGUUUUGUGCAGUUCGGCCAGCAUGCUAUUGCCCAGCCAAUAACAAUACCGCAUGACGCAUAAGCAUGCCUUCGUGCCCUGCACCAGGCAUCGGACGCUGUGUCACGCAGUGAGCCCGACCCUGCGCAACCAACAUUUUGUUGCGAGAUACGGUCGGAGCUGGGAUUACAGCCUGCCUGGUGGGUUUGGAUGGCGCCCGUGUGUUCGGCUGGGCUGUUGCUGCUCGCGGUGGGGCCCACCACCAAGUCACGGCACCCAUCCGCCCUCCCCUCUUGUUGGCCCACCCGCCUGUACACAUGCCAGUCACCCGCUCGCCAUCCUGUGAAAGCGGGUAGCCGACUUGGCAAGCGCUUUUCCUGACACUUGGCGCAGGUUUGAGUGGGAUACCAGAAUGGUCUGAAUGUAGUUGUUGGAUAACCAGUACACUGCGGUGUGUAGCUGGUUAGCGGGAGUGCCGUGCAUGAAACACGCUACUCGACCCGCCAUGCCCGCGCGAUGGUACCACCAACCGUUCAACCCAGAUCCAUGCCGGGGUAGCAUCGACCCCACAGUCAGACUGAUAGCUCCUAUCCAGGUGUCAGGCGCCAUGUAUGUAUCUGUGGACGCGUCAAGCUGGCUUGUGCCGUAGCGUUGGCCGCCUGUAUGGCACGCCCGGCAUCUGUGUCACGUUAUGGCCUCAUGCUUACCGUAGUC